GAAGCCGGUGAGAAUAGCACUUUCAGCACCACCGACAGCUCCGGUAUCCCAGGCACAAUGAGCCGCAGCCCAGAGAGAGUCUCUUCUUACCGCCGGCACUUUGAGGAGCUGGACUGCAGCUCAGUUGUGAAGCUGAGGGUUAGCAGCCCAUCCCCGCCGAGGAACAGGCGAUCAGCCAGCUACAGCCGGGUAACACGGGAGGAGAAUGCUUCCUGCAGGAGGACAGCCUCGGCUACUCGGAGGCCCCGCAGCAUGUUUGUCCCUAGCUUUGGUGCUCAGUUGGGACCUACAGUGGAUCUGGAAGCAGCCAGUGCAGCUAACCAGGAAUAUCUGAGUACCAGGAGCAGCGAGAAACAAGAGAUGAUUGUACUGAAUGAUAGACUGACUAAGUACAUUGAAAGGGUGCGGGAUCUAGAACAGGAGAACGCCUCUGCCCAGUGUGAGUUGGAUGCUUUGCGCAGUCGGUGCUACAAACCUUCCAAUCUAAGGGCUCUAUAUGAAGAGCAGCUAAGGGAGCUACGUAGGGAGGCUGAACAGGCCAAGCUGCAAAGGGACUUGGCAGUAGCUGCUAAGGUGCCAGUGGUGGAUCAGCUCAGUGCAGUAAAGAAACGCUAUGAAGAUGCUGUUGAGGCGAGGAAAAAGGCUGAAGAAGAUAUUGAAGCUUUCCGCCCUGAUGUAGAUGCUGCCACAGCAGGACGCAUAUCACUAGAAAAGCAAUUGGAAACUUUGGAAGCAGAGAUUUCUUUUCUGCAGAGAGUGCAUGGAGAGGAGAUUGAAGAACUGAUGAAGCAAAUCUACAACAUGAGCACUUCCUGUGAUCUUGCUUUCUCCAUCCCAGAUUUUGCUGCUGCUCUGAGGGACAUCCAGAUGGAAUAUGAAGCAAUAGCAGCCAAGAACCUGCAGGAAAUGGACGAGUGGUACAAAAACAAAUUUGUUGACUACAGUCAAGCUUCUACAAAGCACGUGGAAAAUGUGAGGCUAUACCGAGGAGACAUGGCAAACUGUAAGAGAAGCAUUAAAAGUAAAGAAAUGGAACUCAAUGCACUUAAGAACAGAAAUGCAAUUCUGGAAGCUCAAGUCAAAGAAACCCAAGAAAAGAACAAGAAAGAGAUAGAGGAGUUACAGGAAAAAAUCGAUAAAUUAGAAGAUGAUUUGAAGACACUGAAACAAAAAAUUGCUUUGCACUUACGAGAAUACCAAGAUUUAUUGAGUGUGAAAAUGGCUCUGGAUAUUGAGAUUGCCACAUACAGAAAACUUAUUGAAGGAGAGGACAGCAGACUUGGUACUUCGGUUAGUGGCAUACACAUACUGAGUAGUCUGUCAGAAACCCUACAAGUAAGCACCACUCAGAGUAUCUCCAAGUCAGUCGAGCGGAAAGAGAGCACAACUGUCCUAAAAAGUUAACGCGGAUAAAGAAGGCUGAAUAAUGGAAAGUGAUUUGAGUGGUACAUAAAGAAGCCGGAAGAGCAAUCCAUGUAUAAGGAUCCAAGCUCUUUCUGUCUAUCGCUCGGCUGGAUUGGUUGAACUGCUAUCUAUAAUCCUUAGCUUCAUAACAAAUAAAUAUCAAUAUAUGCAUCCUUAAUUAUUUUGCUAAAUAAACCAUACACUUUGAGCAUUAA